UCAGACCUUGGUCAAAGAAUACGAGUAGAGAAGUUGACUUUGGUCACGGGUGACCCAGGCUAUUGCAGUUCAAAAGGUUUAGUUCACAACCGCUUUCCACCUACCGGCACGCCCUCCCUCCCUUCUCCUCCAAAUUAGCUUUUCUAUCUCUCCUUCCUUACCAUCCUUCUCCGUUUGGAUCCGAAUUUCGUAUUCGGAGCCUAGGCAGAGAGAUAUGUCAGCUGAAUCCAGCUCCGGUUCAAGGGACCAUUCCGUCGUCAAAGGUAUACCUACUCAUGGUGGACGUUAUGUCCAGUACAAUGUCUACGGUAACCUCUUCGAAGUUUCUAGAAAGUACGUCCCUCCAAUUCGCCCCGUUGGCAGAGGCGCGUACGGUAUUGUUUGUGCUGCUGUGAAUUCUGAGACGCGGGAGGAGGUUGCCAUUAAGAAGAUUGGUAAUGCAUUUGACAAUAGAAUUGAUGCUAAGAGGACAUUGCGAGAAAUUAAACUGCUUCGACACAUGGAUCAUGAAAAUGUUAUUACCAUCAAAGACAUCAUACGACCGCCACAAAGGGAGAACUUCAAUGAUGUAUACACAGUUUCUGAACUAAUGGACACUGAUCUGCAUCAAAUUAUACGAUCCCACCAAGAACUGACAGAUGAUCAUUGUCGGUACUUUCUGUAUCAGUUGUUACGAGGGCUGAAAUACGUGCAUUCAGCAAAUGUUUUGCAUCGUGAUUUAAAACCCAGCAAUUUGCUCCUGAAUUCAAAUUGUGAUCUUAAGAUUGGAGAUUUUGGGCUUGCAAGGACGACCUCAGAAACAGAUUUCAUGACUGAGUAUGUUGUCACUCGUUGGUACCGAGCACCAGAACUGCUUCUUAAUUGUUCAGAGUACACUGCAGCAAUCGAUAUUUGGUCAGUGGGUUGCAUACUUGGUGAAAUUAUGACAAGAGAACCCCUGUUUCCAGGCAAAGAUUAUGUCCAUCAGUUGAGGCUGAUCACGGAGCUUUUAGGUUCACCUGAUGAAUCCAGCCUUGGGUUCCUACGAAGUGAUAAUGCCAGAAGAUAUGUUAGAAUGCUGCCACAGUACCCUAAGCAAAACUUCUCUGCUAGAUUCCCUAACAAGUCUCCUGGUAUAGUUGAUUUGCUAGAGAAGAUGCUUGUCUUUGAUCCAAACAGGCGGAUUACAGUUGAUGAAGCUUUGUGCCACCCAUAUUUAGCACCCCUUCAUGAUAUCAAUGAGGAGCCUGUUUGUCCAAGGCCAUUCAGUUUUGAUUUCGAGCAUCCAUCUUUUACUGAAGAAGAUAUCAAGGAGCUCAUCUAUAGGGAAUCUGUAAAAUUCAACCCAGAUCCAAUGUGAUAAUGUGUUGUAGAUGAAGUAUACUAUAAAUGACCAUUGGGUCCUCCAAAUUGACAAGAUAAAAAAUUCGAUGGAGAUAUUGAUAUUCAUCUAACAAUUUAAUUGUUAUGAGUGUUCAUUCA